AUUAAUACGUUGCACUACCUACUUCCGGCGCUUGUUUGGCUGGCAGUUUAAAAUGGUUGUGCGCUGUGUGUAACGCCUACUUUUAAUGCUUAAAUGGCAAGGUUUUUAGACAAGAAAACUGAGAGGCCAACAAAGAGUCCUGCAUAACGCACUAAAGGAUUAGCGGCACUGUUUUAGUUGUAAUAUGUUCAAAAAGAUGACUGAAUUUGGUCCAGAUUCCGGGGGGCGCGUUAAGGGAGUGACUAUUGUGAAACCUAUUGUGUUUGGGAAUGUUGCCCGCUACUUUGGAAAGAAGAGAGAAGAGGAUGGGCACACACACCAGUGGUCUGUGUAUGUGAAGCCUUACAGAAAUGAGGAUAUGUCAGCUUAUGUGAAGAAGAUCCAGUUCAAGCUACAUGAGAGCUAUGGUAACCCUCUGAGAGUGGUCACUAAGCCUCCAUAUGAAAUCACAGAGACAGGCUGGGGGGAGUUUGAGAUCAUCAUCAAGAUCUUCUUCAUCGAUCCCAAUGAGAGACCUGUGACCUUGUACCAUCUAUUGAAGCUGUUCCAGUCAGAUUCCAGCGCCAUGCCCAAGAAGACAGUUGUGUCUGAAUUCUACGAUGAAAUGAUCUUUCAGGAUCCAACAGCCAUGAUGCAGCAGCUACUGACCACAUCGAGGCAACUCACCCUGGGAGCGUACAAACAUGAGACAGAGUUCGGUGAACUGGAGCAGAGGACCAAGGAGAAACUGGAAGUGGCAAAGAAGAGAACAAGCCAAGAGAUCGCGGAGCUGAAAGACAAACUUAAAGCCAGCAGAGAGAACAUCAACCACCUGAAGGCGGAGAUUAGAAAACUGGAAGAGGACGGAGACCAUAAAGAGCACUGAAAGAUGGACAAAUAUGCUCAUGGAUGCAAUCAGUUGUUGAAGCAAUUUUCUGUGCUCCUGCCCUCUCCAAGGAUUUAACAAAAAAAAAAGUCAAUGUUGUAAUUUGUUUGAGGUUUUAUUUUUGUUGAGCGUCCAAGGGAAUCUUAAACAUGUAAAUAUGUUUUGAGUUGGUAGGAAAGUUCUUUAAAAAUGUAGUCGGCCACAAAAACUCCUGUAAACAUACAAAUGCUCUGUUCUACCUAUUAGUUUUUGUUUGUUUGUUUUUUUAUUGCAACACUCUAAAGAGUCAGAAAUCACAAAGUGUUGUGAGCCUUUUCUUGUAGCUACAUCAAGUCUGCUUUUGGUUCUAUGCA